AUGACUAAUUGUCUUGUGCAUUUAAUAAUUGCUCUUAUACUUAUAAAAAAAACACAGCCUUUACAAACACUUCUCUUGCAUUUCUCUAACCAUGUCUUUUUCACAAGCUUCUGCAAGAGAAAAUCUUCACAAGCUUCUGCAAGAGAAAAACAAAAAGGGAAACAGAAGGUCACUGCUCGUCCAAAGACAAAUCAAGGGUUUGCAUUUGAUGAUAAACCCUUGUGGAAUCAUGUAAAAGUUAUUAAUGUGGCUACGAGUGGAGGUGGAAAUAGAAUUUGGUCUUGCAAUUACUGCAGCAAGGUAGUAACCGAUUCAUACACCAAAGUCAAGGGUCAUCUAUUGAAGAUUCCUAGCUCUGGUGUGGAGGAUUGCAAAAUUAUUUUAGAUGCAGUAUUUGAUGCAAUAAAGAGGGAACAUGCACAAGCUGAAACUAGAAAGGCCCAACAAGAAUUGAAUGCAAAAAACAAAGCAGCGUAUGUCUCUCUACCCGAGGGAUCUGAUCUUGCCCAUCGAAAGAAACGCAAGGGGAUGGCUCCACAAGGUCCUUUACCUGAUGCAUUUAAUGCUACUCAGAGAGAUGUUGCUGAUAAAGAAGCUGCACGGAUGUUUUUUGCCAAUGGGUUACCAUUUAACUUUGCUAGGCCUCCAUACUUCAGGCAAUACUCUUUCACUCUUGCAAAUAGUAGACUUGUUAGUUAUCGUCCCCCUACGUAUGAUAGGCUUCGAACAACUUUGUUAUCACAACAAAAAGAGCAUGUCAACAAACUACUCCAACCAUUCAAAGAUACAUGGAGAAAAAAAGGAGUUUCGGUGUGCUCGGAUGGGUGGUCCGAUAGACAACGUAAACAGCUCAUUAACAUUAUGGCAGCAUCAGUAGGGGGAGCAAUGUUUAUUAAAGCCAUUGAUUCGAGCGGAAACACAAAGGAUGCAAAGUAUGUUGGAAGUUUGUUCAUGGAAGCAAUCAAACAAAUAGGAGAAGAACACGUGGUUCAAAUAGUGACUGAUAAUGCAACGAAUUACAAGGCGGCUGGCUUGAGCAUUGAAACCAAAUUCCCACAUAUAUUCUGGACUCCUUGUGUGGUGCAUAGUCUAAAUUUGGCCUCGAAGAACAUAUGUGAUCCAGGAGCAAAAUCACCGCACUAUGCCCAAUGUAAGUGGAUCGUAGACUUGGUUUCGAAAGUUAAUGAUAUUCGUAACUUUGUUCUUAACCAUAGCAUGGCAAUUUAUAUUUUCAAUCAAUACUCAGAUUUGAAACUAUUGAGUGUGGCUGAAACUAGGUUUGCCUCUAGCAUUAUAAUGGCCAAGAGGAUAGUGGCAGUUAGGAGUUCUCUUGAAAAAAUGGUUAUGGAUGCAAAUUGGAAAGUAUAUAGGGUUGGUGGAACAUUGUGGCUGAAAAUAAAGCUCGAAAUGUGA